AUGAACCUCAUUUUGUCGGCUAUUCUGCCGGCUUUUGCAACCGCAGCAUUAGCUUCGCCUUCUGUCACGAUUGAUGCUGGUACCCUUCAGGGAGGACAGUGCGAAAAUACACAAAAUGCAGUCUACUACAAGGCAAUUCCCUAUGCGGAACCUCCGGUUGGAGACCUACGGUUCGAACCUCCAAAGGCCUACAAUAAACACUACCCUAAUGGGAAACUUGAUGCGACUACGGCACCUGCCUCCUGCAUUCAGUUCGGAGCCGAGUUUGACGCUACAGGUGCUCUAAGUGAAGACUGUCUUUACCUGGAUGUUUGGACUCCAUCUGAUGCCACCAAAGACUCGAAUCUUCCGGUCAAAGUCUGGAUCUACGGUGGAUCAGACACGUCUGGCGGAAUCUCGAAAGGCCUGUUUGAUGGCUGCAACACUGCAGCGGAUGGUUCAAUUUUGGUAUCAAUCAACUACAGACUUGGACCUCUAGGCUUCAUGGCGCUCAACAGUGCCGGAAUAUAUGGUAACCAAGGAAUUCAAGAUCUUCUUCUCGGAUUGGAGUGGGUCCAAGACAACAUCGCCGCUUUUGGAGGUGACCCAAAUAAGGUACUUCUGUUCGGUCAAUCGGCCGGUGCUGAGGACGCAUUUAUUAUUGCCUCUCUUCCCCAAGCACCGUCUUUCUUCAACAGUGUCAUCAUGGAAUCGGGCGCCGGAAAAAGGCUCCUCCACAAUUCGACAAUUCAAAGUGUUGGUGCAUCAUAUGCUCAAACACUUAAGUGCAGUUCCGAUGAUAAAGCCUGUCUACAGUCCAGGACUGUUUCUGACUUGAGAAAGGCGUACAAUGGUGAUACCUUUUUGCAUGAGGGAAUUGGAGCAGGUGGAGCACUCGCUAUCACCACCUCGGGGACACAUGCUUUCUAUCCCUAUGUGGAUGGAAAUGUCAUCCCUGAAGAGCCCUUGAGUCGCGGGGUACAAGUGCCGGCGGUCUUUGGAUCCAACAAAAAUGAGGGAGUCAUUUAUGCCGCCGCCACGGUCAAAAGCCUAUCGAAUGGCAAAAGUUUAACGCCAUCUCUAUACAAGUCCUUCCUUCGCAAUAACUUUGGUAGCGCUGCUGGGAUUAUUGAGAAAUACUACCCUCUCUCUAUGUUCGAAGCUCUCGCCGGUGGAAAUGCCCACUAUGGUGUGCUUUACGCCAUAGCACAGGUCAUAACCGAUGCCGACUACAAGUGUGUGGCAUACGAGGGUUUGGUGUCAGCCGCACUCAACAACAUUCCCGUUUGGACAUAUGAGUAUACUCACAACAACACAUGCCCGUGGUUGGGCACCCUGAAACAGCUCCAGGGCCAUCCGGAGGAAAUGGCGCUAGUGGGUGCCACUCAUACCGCCGAAAUUCCGUUCGUCUUCGGUAACAUGAACAAUCAACCUCUUCCUGGGGGUACUUGCAAUGCCACAGAAGACGAGGACAACCUCAGCAAGCAGAUGAUGAGCUUGUGGACGGCAAUGGCAGAAAAUGCCGAUCCGUCGACCGAUGCCAUCCAUUGGCCACAAUUCGUUCUAGAAAAGAAUGCGUCGAGUCCCGGAUUGAUUUUCGCAGAUUCAACCCUACCUGGCCAAGUCGAUUACAAGGCUUGUAAACUGUGGUCCAAAGUUUACGACCUUAUUGAAGCAGAUAAUAGUACAGCCACGGCUACAGCCACGAGUACAGGCAUGGCUACAGGCACGGCUACGCCAAUCAGUGGCAGCGGAAAACCAACGGCCUCGCCGCCUGCUACUCCUCCGGCCAACGGUGCAGCAACCUCUAUGCCUGCAACUGGUGGAUUCCUUGCCUUGAGUCUGCUAUUGACGGUUGUAGUUGCAUAG